CCUUAAGGCCAAUGACAACACUGGAUCUGGAAUUAGUAAAUAUGGUGGAGCCGAUGGUUUUGAUUCUUUUAGUAGUAGUCAUUCUUUGGAUUUUAGAAAUAUAAAUAGUAAUGAUUCUAAAGAUGUGUUUGGUGCAUCAUCAUCAGGAUGUAAAAAUCUAUUGUAUCCAUUAUCAAGUCGUAACGAUCCAGCAUUUAGUCAUAACAGUGGAUUCUAA